CCUGAGUGGCUUCUCUCUCCACCUCCUUGCUUCCCAAAUUUGGUUUUUCCUGAGAGCCAGAGUCUGCUGUAUCACUGAGAGGUCCCCAUGGCCUCCAGAUUACCACAGAGGGUUCCAGGUCUCAGGGUGACAGCCAGCAGGCAGAUACACAAGAGCCUUGACUAGCCGUGACCCCGAGACAUGGCUGUAUGACAUGCAUAUGAAGAGACUGGUGUGGGCAGAGCCGUGGGGGAAGCAGGCUCUUCACACAGACCCCGUGGUCCUGGGCCAGCCUCUGUGAAGUGGAAGCUGUGUGGUGGUACCCGGGAGAAACCCAUGGCGUUUCCUGAACUCCUGGACCGAGUGGGAGGGAUGGGCAGGUUCCAGCUCUUCCAGACGGUGGCUCUGGUGACCCCCAUUUUGUGGGUCACCACCCAGAACAUGCUGGAGAACUUCUCAGCCGCAGUUCCCCGCCACCGCUGUUGGGUGCCUCUCCUGGACAACAGCAGCUCCCAGGCGAGUAUCCCUGGGGACUUUGGACCCGAUGUCCUUCUGGCCGUCUCCAUCCCAUCUGGUCCUGACCAGCAACCCCACCAGUGCCUCCGCUUCCGACAACCUCAAUGGCAGCUUACAGAGCCCAACGCCACGGCCACCAACUGGAGUGACACUGACACUGGGCCAUGCGAGGACGGCUGGGUUUACGACCACGGCACCUUCAGGUCCACAAUCGUGACCACGUGGAACCUGGUAUGUGAUUCCCAGGCCUUGAGACCCAUGGCCCAGUCCAUCUUCCUGGCUGGAAUCCUGGUAGGAGCCGCAGUGUGCGGCCAUGCCUCAGAUAGGUUUGGGCGCAGAAGGGUGCUGACCUGGAGCUAUCUUCUGGUGUCCGUGUCCGGCACAGCAGCUGCCUUCAUGCCCAACUUCCCCCUCUACUGCUUGUUCCGUUUCCUGGUGGCCUCUGCAGUGGCAGGUGUCAUGAUGAACACGGCCAGUCUCUUGAUGGAGUGGACAUCAGCCCAGGGUAGCCCUUUGAUGAUGACCUUGAACGCCUUGGGCUUCAGCUUUGGGCAGGUCCUGACAGGCUCUGUGGCCUACGGUGUGCGCAGCUGGAGGAUGCUACAGCUGGCUGUCUCUGCCCCCUUCUUCCUCUUCUUUGUUUAUUCAUGGUGGCUGCCAGAAUCGGCUCGCUGGCUCAUCACCGUGGGCAAGCUGGACCAGGGCCUGCAGGAACUGCAGAGGGUUGCAGCAGUCAACAGGAGGAAGGCAGAGGGAGACACGUUGACCAUGGAGGUCCUGCGGUCAGCUAUGCAGGAGGAACCAAGCGGGGACAAAGCUGGUGCCAGUCUGGGCACUCUACUCCACACGCCUGGGCUGCGCCUCCGAACCUUCAUCUCCAUGCUGUGCUGGUUUGCCUUUGGCUUCACCUUCUACGGCCUGGCCCUUGACCUGCAAGCCCUAGGAAGCAAUAUCUUCCUGCUCCAGGCACUCAUUGGGAUUGUGGACCUCCCAGUGAAGACAGGCAGCCUGCUGCUGCUCAACCGCUUGGGCCGCCGCCUCUCCCAGGUCAGCUUCCUGGUGCUGCCUGGACUCUGCAUCCUGGCCAACAUACUGGUGCCCCAUGAGAUGGGGGUCCUUCGCUCGUCCCUGGCUGUGCUGGGGCUGGGGUGCCUGGGGGGUGCCUUCACCUGUGUCACCAUCUUCACCAGUGAACUCUUCCCCACUGUGAUCAGGAUGACUGCAGUGGGCCUGGGCCAGGUGGCAGCCCGAGGGGGAGCCAUGCUAGGGCCUUUGGUACGGCUGCUGGGUGUCUAUGGCUCCUGGAUGCCCCUGCUGGUGUACGGAGUGGUGCCAGUGUUAAGUGGCCUAGCUGCACUGCUGCUGCCCGAGACCAAGAACUUGCCACUGCCUGACACCAUCCAAGACAUCCAGAAACAGUCAGUGAAGAAGGUGACACAUGACACAUCAGACAGCUCCAUCCUGAUGUCUACCCGGCUGUAGCCACCUGGAGAAGGGACACGGCCACAACAGUGAGGGGAGGAGGAGGAGGAGGAAGAGGAGGAAGAGGAGGAAGAGGAGGAAGGGGGGAAGAGUAGGGCUGGCAAUGGUAGGUAAAGACACUGGCCUCCAGGCCUAACUGUCUGAAACUCACAUGACAAUAGAUGUCACAAAGUUGUCCUCUGACCUCCUCAUGGAAACGUGCCCCGCCCCCGGUGAUACAUACAAAUAAAUAAUUUUUAAAAGAGUG